CUGGGACGCAUGCGCCGUGUUUCCGCGGUAAUUGGGGCUGUUGCUACCACCAGCUCGAGGAGGCUCGGGCUCCCGGCGUUCCUGCUCGCGCUACCUCGCCCGGUUCCUCCGCGCCAGAGCCUGUCUGCAGGCUCCUCGGGCCCUCUCGCUGCCCGCCGCGGCGCGACCCUCAGAGCCAAAAUGAGUCUGUUUGGAACAACUUCAGGUUUUGGAACUGGUGGGACCAGCAUGUUUGGCAGCACAACCACAGAUAAUCACAACCCUAUGAAGGAUAUUGAAGUGACAUCUUCUCCUGAUGAUAGCAUCGGGUGUCUGUCUUUCAGCCCUCCGACCUUACCUGGGAACUUCCUUAUUGCAGGAUCGUGGGCUAAUGACGUUCGCUGCUGGGAAGUUCAGGACAGUGGGCAGACCAUUCCAAAAGCCCAGCAGAUGCAUACUGGACCCGUGUUGGACGUCUGCUGGAGUGAUGAUGGGAGCAAAGUAUUUACAGCAUCCUGUGAUAAAACUGCCAAAAUGUGGGACCUUAAUAGUAACCAGGCAAUACAGAUUGCACAGCAUGACGCACCUGUUAAAACCAUACAUUGGAUCAAGGCUCCGAACUACAGCUGUGUGAUGACGGGGAGCUGGGAUAGGACUCUGAAGUUUUGGGAUACCCGGUCGUCAAACCCCAUGAUGGUCUUGCAGCUCCCUGAGAGGUGUUACUGUGCUGAUGUGAUCUACCCAAUGGCCGUGGUGGCGACUGCAGAGAGGGGCCUGAUCGUCUACCAGCUAGAGAACCAGCCCUCUGAAUUCAGGAGGAUAGAGUCUCCCCUGAAGCACCAGCAUCGUUGUGUGGCUAUAUUUAAAGACAAACAGAACAAGCCAACUGGCUUUGCUCUGGGGAGUAUCGAGGGGAGAGUUGCUAUUCACUACAUCAACCCUCCAAAUCCUGCCAAAGAUAACUUCACCUUUAAAUGUCAUCGAUCCAAUGGAACCAAUACUUCAGCUCCACAAGACAUCUAUGCGGUAAAUGGAAUCGCAUUCCACCCUGUUCACGGUACCCUUGCAACUGUGGGGUCUGAUGGUAGGUUCAGCUUCUGGGACAAAGACGCCAGAACAAAGCUAAAGACUUCAGAGCAGUUAGAUCAGCCGAUAUCAGCUUGCUGUUUCAAUCACAAUGGAAACAUAUUUGCCUACGCUUCCAGCUACGACUGGUCCAAGGGACAUGAGUUUUAUAAUCCCCAAAAGAAAAAUUACAUUUUCCUGCGUAAUGCAGCCGAAGAGCUAAAGCCCAGGAAUAAGAAGUAGCAACCUGAGUCUUCUGGUGUCCAGAAUUGUUUUCUCUCCACUCUGAGGGCUCCAGCUAUGGGCACCUCGGCCAUGGACAUGGAUUCCAACCCCUGGAGGAAAAAAGGUCACCACUGAGCAGGCAGCCGGGCCGUCCAUGGUGACUCACCACCUCCGUUCCACUACCUGCUGCAGAGUUUUCCUGUAACUAUAAGGGGAUCAAAAUCAUUAUAGAAGUUAGGGUCUUGUGGGCAGUGCCGGGUAUUUUACUGUGCUUCAUUCAGCAGCAUAUGUGUUAGAGAAUUCUGGAAGCCAACUGUGAACCCCGCAUUGUAUUUUGUAAUAAAAUAUUUUGAAGAUU